AUGGCUUAUGGAUUUGAGCUAGUUUAUGAGCACUUUAGGAAGCAAGCCCCACCUAGUUUUGUAGGGAAAGUUGACCCUGUGGUGGCACAUGAUUUGCUGAAAUCGGUAGAUGCCAUUUUUUAUCACAUGGAGUGGAAUGAUCAUCAUAGCAUUUCAUGUGCAGGCCACCUACUCAAGUUAGACACAAGAAUAUGGUGGGAUGUGGUGAAGCAGACUCGUGACUUGAAUACUAUGAACUGGGCAAAAUUUGUUCAUGAAUUUAGCAAGAAGUACUACAGUGCAACUAUGUUGGCAACCAAGGUGGACAAGUUCGUGAUUUUGGUUAAAGGAAACCUUUCUGUUAGCGACUAUGCAUACAAGUUAGAUAGUUUGGCGAGGUUUGUACCUCAGAUAGUUGCAACUGAAGCCAUGGAGGUCCAAAGGUUUAUGAGAGGACCGAAUUAA